AAUAAGUCCAUCCAUGAAAUUUCCUUGCUAAUAAAUAUUCCACGGUCAACUGUUAGUGGUAUUAUAACAAAGUGGAAGCAACUGGGAACAACAGCAACUCAGCCACGAAGCGGUAGGCCAAGUAAAAUGACAGAGCUGGGUCCGAGCAUGCUGAAGCGCACAGUGCGCAAAAGUCAACCAACUGUCUGCAGAGUCAAUAGCUAAACACCUACAAAACUUUGUGUGGCUUUCAGAGAGCUUCAUGGAAUGGGUUUCCAUGGCCAAGCAGCUGCAUCCAAGCCUUAUAUCACCAAGUGUAAUGCAAAGCAUCGUAUGCAGUGGUGUAAAGCACGCUGCCACUGGACUCUAG